UUUUCCUCCUCCUCCUCUGAGCUCUUUGCUCAGUGAAAGAGUUGGAUGUGACGGAAGUGCUGAGAUAAGGGCAGCGCUUCAGCGAGCGGAGACUGGUGGAGCCCGGCCCGGCGAACGCAGCCAUCGGAUAGAACCUUGCCCCGUUCUCCGAGUUGCAACACGGAGUUCCAAUAGAACGUUACCCGGUCCCGUGAUUUGCAACACAGCGUUCCAAUCGAGCGUUGUCCGGUCCCCUGAUUUGCAACACGGCGUUCCGAUCGAACCUUGCCCCGGUCUCCGAGUUGCAACACGGCGUUCCAAUAGAAGGUUGCCUGGGUUCCCGAUUUGCAACACCGAGUUCCAUUAGAACCUUACAUCGGAUCGCACGCCAGACAGUUGGUUGAUUGAGUCCCCGGAGAGAGAGAGAGUGUGUGAGAGAGAACGCCUGAGGAUGAGCAACUACACGGUCUCGCUGCUUGGCCCCGCUCCAUGGGGAUUCAGGCUUCAAGGAGGCAAGGACUUCAACAUGCCCUUGACCAUCUCCAGGCUGUCGGAAGGCGGGAAGGCGGCACAGGCUGGCAUCGAGGUGGGCGACGUGGUUCUGUCCAUCGACGAGGCCAGCACUGAUGGGAUGGCCCACCUGGCGGCGCAGAACAAGAUCAAGGCUUGCACCGGGUCCUUGAAACUCAGUCUGCAGAGGGCCUCGCCGGCUGCAAAACCCGCGGGGACAACUGUGCAAAAGGACGAGCCCAGAGAACACGCUACUAUCCCCGUUGCAUCCAUCACUCCCAUGAUUCCCAAGGCCCCUCCUGCGGCCGGCACUGCCUACAAUAAGACAGCUCGGCCUUUCGGUGCCACAUCCUCACCCAGGCUCUCGCCUGCCCCCUUCGUCCCUGCUUCAUCACCCCUCACUCAGCUGCCAGCUCCAUCACCGACAUUGAUGCCCCAACACCCCGCUGCCUCCCCGCCGCCGAUACUGGCACCUCCACUGCACGUGCAUGCCGGAGUCAACGUUGGCACCGCUGGGCGUUCACUGCCGGUCAACGCCGCCAAGCCGCUGGUAACCCCGCCCGUUAACCCCUCACGGCAGCCCAAGGUGUACAACACGCCCAUUAAUCUCUACUCCUCUGACAAUGCCCACGAGGUGGCAGAGGGACAGAAGCGAGGACUGAGAGAGGGGCAGACUGACGGCAAGCAGCAGAACGGGACACACCUAUCAAAAUGGUCUCCCAGGCGAAUGGUGACCAGUGCCUUUGCUGAUGUCCCACAUCAUCAUCUUAGUGAUCAGAGCAAGAAGCGUUUAAUGCAAGACACUGAGGACUGGCAGCCCAAGACAGGCACAGCUCAGUCACGUUCCUUCUCCAUCCUGGCUCAGAUGACGGGCACCGAGCGUUCGGAAACAUCAGGGAGUGAGGCGAGCAAGAAGACAAGGGAGAACGAGGAUGUAAAUGGAGAGACGGGACGCAGCACGUUGGAGAUCACGGAGGCCUCUCCCAUGGGCCGGCCGGUUACCAAGGCGACAGCCGGCGAGCCUGACACCCGAGCCUCUCCCGUAUGCACGGUCGCCACCCAGACUGGCGAAGAAGACCUUACGCCCACCGGCCCGGACUCUGGGCUGAGCCCUGCUGGUCGAGGCACCACCGUGGAGAGUUUGCCUUCCGAUAGGAAUGAAGGCAAAUAUUCCGUGCCUGCUUCAGCUGCUCUAUCCUCACCGGCACCAAUCAGCCCAUCUACCGGCCUGUCUCAUUCCUGCUAUCUCUCAACACCACCUUCUCUUCGAAGGAUCUGCUUGGACAAUCCUUUAGAUGCUUUACCCAAGGGUGCUCCGCACCCACCUCCACUCUGCCGUGACCCAAGGGCCAAUGCCCACAUUGCCUCUCUUUCUGCCGUAAAGAUCGCAAAAGCGAGAUUCUUCAGAGGCCUGGAAGCUAAGGUUACAGAGAUGCCUCCACUCGUGCCGAGCGCUGUGCCCGGUGUUACUGGAGGCACCCCUCACUCGCUAGACUCUGGGAAAUGUACAGUGGCCGUACAGACCUGUGACAUCCUGGUGCCUGAUGAUGCAUCAACCACGCCACUGUCCGUCGGAGCCGCGGACCCCACCGACAAUGCUCCACCCCUCUCCGCCAGGACACGCUUUGAGAGCCCAUUGGAAGCUCUCCCCAGGGCAUCCUUUCGCUCCCCGGUCUGGAAGCAGAGCCCCAGGGCCAGGAUUGCAGCCGCCACCAUCACCACUGUUCUCUCAGCCCAGGCCAGGCUGUCUGAUCCCAUUGUGUCCCGCUCUCUACUGGACGCUCUGCUCAUUACCCCGGUUACCGAGCCUCCCGCUGCACUCUGUAAGCAGCCCCAACGCCGCUCCACCCAUUCCCUCUCCGCACAGAAGGCCAAGAGCGGCGAGCUGUCGGAGGUUCUGAAACCCUGUGCGCCGGCCACGGUCUCGGUCAAGCCCAUGUCGAAGUCCAGCGGAAUGUGCCGCACAUCCCCAGCCUCGGCCAAACCCAGCUCCACCUACAAGCCCAGCAGCCUCCCCGGCACUGCCAAAACAACUGCCUGGCAGCCCACAAACUCGGCAGUAAACAGUUUCUCCAAGACUGCCUUGCCUACUGCACACGUUUCUCCUGCCAACUCUACAUCCAACUCGAAGGUGUCCAGCACUGCGAUGUACAAGCCCCCACUGCAAGACAAUGACACUUUGGUCCAGAUGGCUGAGCAUAUCCCAGCGGGGAACAGGGCCCCCAUGUGUGGCCACUGCAACAUGGUUAUCAGAGGCCCAUUUCUGGUAGCCAUGGGCCGCUCGUGGCACCCGGAAGAGUUUACCUGUGCCUACUGCCACCUCUCGCUGGCUGACAUUGGGUUUGUGGAAGAGAAUGGAGCGGUCUACUGUGAGAAGUGCUAUGAGCAGUUCUUUGCCCCCGAAUGUGGCCGGUGUCAAAGGAAGAUCCUGGGGGAAAUCAUCAAUGCCUUGAAGCAGACUUGGCACGUCAACUGCUUUGUGUGUGUGGCGUGCAAGCAUCCCAUUCGUAACAAUGUCUUCCACAUGGAGGAUGGGGACCCUUACUGCGAGAAAGAUUACUACAAUUUAUUUGGCACUAGUUGCCAAGGCUGCGACUUCCCUAUCGAGGCUGGAGACAAGUUCCUGCAAGCCUUGGGCCACACCUGGCACGACACCUGCUUUGUCUGCUCUGUCUGCUGUGCAAAUUUAGAAGGUCAAACCUUCUUCUCGAAAAAGGAGAAGUUAUUGUGCAAGAAACACGCUCACACUGUGAACAUCUAAACUCGACGAGCUGCCAUGAAGCGGUGGAGUAAAGAGAACAUUUGGAAGAGUUGAAGACAAACAAAUAAUUUGUUUAAUUUUUCUUCUAGUAUAAGACAGCAAACCCAUGAUUAGUUAUUGGGUUUGAAGGGGGGGGGGGGGGGGGGGGAUUGGUAUAUAAGGUGUCUGAAUAUCGUUUGGUUUGGGACUCUACUUAGAUCCUUUGCUAAAAUAUCUAGUGGUGUGGUCACAUUUCAGAAAGACAUUGGAAUACACUUACCUGGAAUAUUUUAUUGGGAAUCUUUUAGUGACGUUGCAGAACAGCAUCUUUAAAGGAGCAAGGUUUCUUAAAAGGCACAGCACUCAAAAAACAUUCCCUGCUUGCUCGAAUAAUGUAGUAAUUUAGGUAGUGUGAUCACACUAUACUUCUGAUUGGGAAUUAACAUCUAUGUAGAUGUAAAGUUAGAUUAGCCAUGAUUGAAUGGCGGAGUAGACUUGGUGGGCCGAAUGGCCUAAUUCUGCUCCUAGAACCUAUGAACAAAUUGGAGCACUUGCUUCAAUGGAGCAGUCAUAGUUUCCCCUGCAGUUCUGCAUUUUUACAUAAAAACUUCCUUCUAGAUUAAUUCCCAUUUUCUCUCAGUGAUCAGAUUGGAAAUAUUCCCUUCUCUGAUUCGGCUUGCUCAGCUGGGAGUUGAAUAAUGGUGGGAACGGGGCUAAGGAGGGAUAUGGAUUAUGCACAGGCAGAUGUUAAGGAAUGAUAUUGUGUGCCGAAGGACCUGUUCCUAUGCUGUAAUGUUCUGCGUUCUUUAUCUUGCUAAUAUUCAGUAGUUUAUGCUGCUGCACAUUUUUUUUUAGACAAAUGCAAACUCAGAUCCAAUAAGGUGGUAUGGCAUUGUUGUUUUAGGUCAAACCCAGCUUGUUGGUAUCACACGGAGACACAUGGAACUGCAGGUGUUGGAAUCUUGAGCAAAACACAAAGUGCAGGAGGAACUCAACGGGUCAGGCAGCAUCUCUGACGAACGUGGAUAGGUGACAUUUCUUCAGACUGGUUGGAGUAGGCGGGAGGAAGCUGGGGAAGAGAGGUGCGUGCAGGGAAAAGAUUGGCAAGUGAUAGGUGAGGUGGGGUUGAUAGGCAGAUGGGUGGAGGAAGUGACUAAUUAUAGUAGGGGGGGGACCUUACUCAUUUACUUCACCCAUCUGCCUAUCAAACCCUAUCCAUUCCCUUCACAGAUGCUGCCUGACCCUCUGAGUUCCCCCAGCACUUUGUGUUGUGAUGGUAUCUUUGACUAUCGUUACUUUAAAACAAUGUCUCUGCAUUCAAUAUUCUUUAGAUACAUUGAAUGUUUUGCAAAGAUUUUGAAAACACCAGGGAUGGUAUUUUCCUUAAUCUACUUUCUCAGCCAUGAGGAUAGCACAGCCACACAAUUUACUCCAGAAUGAAGAUUAUUUUCGCUCAUCUCAAUGUCAAUGAUUCAAUGGGUCAAAGAUAGACACAAAAAGCUGGAGUAACUCAGCGGGACAGGCAGCAUCUCUGGAAAGAAGGAAUGGGUGACGUUUCGGGUUGAGACCCUUCUUCUAUGAGUCAAUGAUACUUUAUGGUCACAUGACUGAGGUACAGUGUUUUGCAUACAACCCAGCAAAAUCACACAGCAGACCUCACCUAGGCAGUACACAAGAGUCACUAUGUUUCUGAUGCAGACAAAGUUACCAAAGUUCAUCGAUCAAUCUUAUCUUCUGCGUACUGCCGCAUGUGGCAGCAGGCAGUCCCCUGCCUGUUCUCCCCUUCGAUCUCGACGGCCUCCCCCCCCCCCUUCAUUUAUUUUGGAUGGAUAAAUCUCAUGGUAGUUUGGGCUAGUGGAUUAGAUUGUUCAAUUAUUAUUUAUUAGGGAAUAGGAUAACAAAACAGACCACUACACAGUGAGGGCACAAAGGUGUAGGAAAGAACUGCAAAUGCAGGUUUCAACCGAAGGUAGACACUGGAUAAAAGCUGGAGUAACUCAGCGGGUCAGACAGCAUCUCUGGAGAGAAGGAACAGGUGACGUUUCGAAGAAUGGUCUUGACUUUUUGUGUCGAUCUGACGACACAAAGGGCUGAGUUUGAAACUUAAGAUUGGUAAGACUUUUUUGUUGUACUUUUGAGAUGUAUAUGUGUGUAAGGUCGGCGUGGGUGGAAAGGGGAAGAGAGAGAGAGAGAAAAAAAAAA